AUGGCCGUGAUUCAAGGAUUAUCUGUGCUGUUAUGGCUCUUCGGCAUCAAGUGCGCCAAGUGCGCGGGCGGCUUCAGCAGCAGCGACCUGGUCAUGCGCGCCCGCGACCACGUCUACCACCUGGAGUGCUUCCGAUGCUCCGUCUGCAGCCGGCAGCUCCUGCCCGGGGACGAGUUCUCGCUGCGCGACCACGAGCUGCUCUGCCGCGCCGACCACAGCCUCCUGCUCGACGGCGCCGGCUCGGCCGAGAGCCCCCCGCGCAGCCCUGGACACCUGCAGGGCGCCAGGCCGGGACAUCUCCAACUCCCAGAGAAACCCGGGAUCGCCACGUGCGUGGGCUGCGGGAGCGAAAUCCACGACCAGUACAUCCUCAAGGUCUCGCCGGACCUGGAGUGGCACGCGGCGUGUCUGAAGUGCGCGGACUGUAGGCAGUUCCUGGACGAGACGUGUACUUGUUUCGUGCGCGAUGGCAAAACUUACUGUAAAAGAGAUUACAUCAGCUACGGUGGGACAUUCAUCCUUAACUCCACAGCCUUGGGGGUCUUGAGUUUAGGUGACAGCGAAGAGAGUUUGCAGGGCCUAACGGGCACCCCUUUGGUUGCUGGCAGCCCCAUCCGCCACGACAGCGCCGUGCAAGGCAGUGCGGUCGAGGUGCAGACCUACCAGCCGCCAUGGAAAGCUCUCAGCAAUUUCGCCUUACAGAGCGACUUGGAUCAGCCUGCCUUCCAGCAACUG